UACACUCGCUACAUUUAAUCCCUUCAUUUGCCUUACUUCUCUCCCGCAACGCUCAUCCAACCUCUCCACCACCCCACCAACUCUCCAACCAUGCGCGGCCUAAUCGUCUCCACCCUCUCCCUGCUCGCCCUCGGUGGCGUAGAGGCCCAUCCCCAGAGCUACGGCGGCUCGAGCAGCAGCUGCAUGCCCUACGACACCGGCGUCGCCCUUGCGACCGCCUUCCGCGAUCUCAUCGCCCUGCCCUUCAACCAGACCCUUGCCAAACACGCCAUGACGCCCACCUUCACCGACUACUCCGACAGCGUCAUUGAGCUCAUCAACAACGGCUGCCCCAACGGCCCCAUUGCGCUCGGCAGCCCGACCUUCAGCGGCCGUACCGCCUUCAUCAAGGGCCAGAGCGGCCAGGCGCCCAUUCCCUUCACCAUCCAGAAGACCUACCCCGCUUGCGACUCCGUUGCCUUCACCUGGGUCUCGCAGCCUGGCCCCGGCGGCCCAGCCAACGGCGGCAAGGGCGUGCAGCCCGAGCAGCAGGUCAGCGGCAUCAUCAUCCUCGAGACCGUGCCCAACACCUGGAACCCCAGCGGCGAGUUCGACUGGAAGAUUCAGACCGCCUACUCCGAGUUCAACAGCGGUGCUUGGCUGUACGACCUUGGCGUCUUCGUGCCGACCAACUGCUCUGCUCCCACGACCAACUCUACAUCCUAAGAGUUGACGAGACGUUGCGUGUGUUGUGGCGAGAAACUAUCGAGCCGCGUUUUUCCAGCCGUGAAGUAAUAGAAAUGUAAUCACUACAAUGGAUUCAUUCAAUUCACUCGCCUCCAUCGUACCAUCCUACGCGACGAUCGUGCAUCCACAGUGGCAAACAGGAUAUUUUCAAUGCAUGCUGACAGCUGAGCAUUCAAUAAACCUCCAUCCUUCUCAGCCCCAUGCAUGUAAGGUACGCGACGCCGGGGUUGUGAUUAGACUUUCGGACGUGGGGGACCCCGUUACACUAGGCCGGAAGAGGCAGUCAACGUCGGAGGUUAGCGGGAUGGGAUCUCACGUCGUCGCAAAUCGCUCCGAGAAAACGGCCGCAACGGUCUGGACGGGCCUGUUGA